AGAAGAAAAGACGGUAAAGGCUAUUAAUAGCUCAGAAGGGCGUGGGUUAAUUUACGGCACGAACUCCCAGGUACCACGUGAUUCACCCGCGACCCGCCACUUUGUUGUCGUCGUCCUUGUUGAUCGACUUUAGGUCGCUGACUUUCCCUGCCAUUGCCUCACCUUAAAAACAUUAAAAGACAAGCGACAUGCAAAUGAUUUGUUCAGUCACGGGAGGGGUCUUCAUUCCGAAGCUGGAGGUGUGGGUUGUUUGUCUGGCUGCCGGAGCCUCGUUCUGUUAUGUAUUCAAUUACGUCAUCCGCGCCUAAACGUGGCGGUAGGCGCGUGCAUUGUCACACCUUAUGUUGUAAGAGGCACGUGGACUUGACCAGGGCUGCUGAUUUAAUUGCUGCACAAGUUGUCGGAAUGACGUUUCGCCGGAUGUUGUGCAUACCUGCACUGGGGCCCCGCCCUUUCCGGUCAGACGAAAAGCCGCGGAGGAUGUCCCCUCCUACACACAAGAGGAGUGAGACUCGGAGAACAUCAACUCCAUUAUCCUCCCCCAACCUGUCAUCUACAGAAACCUUUUGUCUCGCUGCUUAUCUUCAUUAAGACUCACGCCGGUCAGGGACUAGCUGCGCGCCAUGCACCUGUGCGAACUUCCGGCGUCUUACUCUUUCUGGACCUCGGCUAACUUCUUCGAUGGAGAGUACUAUGUCUAUCACGGUGGUAACGCCAGAGGGCCAGAACAAGGCGUGGGAGGUAGCCCGCAGGACCAGCCACCUGAUAACGACAGCAACAGUGUGUUAUCCCCACCUUCACAUCCACAGCAGCCGUCGUGGGCCACCAUGGACGGACCUACCUACGCGUGUGACUACCUCGGGUACAACACCCUGUCCAAGCCGGCCACGGGAAUCCAGAUGUUGCAGCAGCCCAUCAAGGAGCUGUAUCUCAAGUUCCGCAAACACUUGUCCACUGGCGGGGGCCCCCGUCGCGCCUCCUUCAAGGUGACGCCUGCCGGCCUGCUGGUGGCUGUCGCGGACGGCAAGGAGCGCAGUGAGAUGUUCUUUGACCUCAGCUCCAUCAACUUCCUAGAAGCCGUGCGGUUCUCUGUGCUGGGCAGCGAGAAAAAACCUAAAGCUAUCUUUGUGCCCAUCGAUGAGAGCCGGGGCCCCGUCAGCGACAAGACGGCCUUCAGCCUGGACAAGAAUUUUCACUUCCUGAUCAAGGCAGGCCACCAUCCUCUCUUGGUCUGCGUCCUGCGCAGACCCAAAGGGGUUAAAAUGCUGGACUGUCACGUGUUUGCGCUGGACACACCCGAGAACGCUGUGUACAUCGCCUCCCUCGUGCAACGCCUGCAGCAGUCAGGAGGGAGCAGCAAGGACUUUCCGGUUGGCGCAGAACCCCGCCAAGAUGGCGGCUUCAAUCGAGGCGUCAAAGGCGACGUCAUCAGAACAGAGUUUGGGGACUACUCGGUGUACAGAGGUGGUACAGGCGGUCCUCAGCCUUUCGAGUUAAGAGACGAGCACUUCAGAGGAGCAGCAGGAGACGGGAAUGGAGGAGGAAAUGGGGGCGGAAUUCCUCCACAAAUGGAUUACCCGGGUAAUAGAGGAGGGCACCCUAACCCGAGGGAGACGUACCCUGCGGAGAACGCAGAUAGACCACGGUACGGGUGGUCCUAUGACAAGCCGCAGAGUGGCGAGGACUACAAACGCGUGUCUGGACAAUAUAUGGGCGACGGUCGCCCGAUGAGCGGCGGUCAGAUACCCGAUUCCCCAACCCCCAUCGGAGGAGACAGUCGCCAGUUCCCACGCGGAGACGUUCGACCUGGCGGCCAGUUUCCAGGUGACGGACGUUCGGCGGGAGACUUUCCUGGAGGGGCUGAGCGGCAGCCUGCUCGUGGUGGCUCCCUAUAUGACCAUCUCGGAGGUCCCUACAGACGGCAGGAAAUUGAGAGGUCAGAGGUCGCCCACGUUCGCGAACGGUCAGGGGACAGCACAGACAGCAGGCCCAGCUUCGAUCGGAGCUCGGUUUCGGGGUCAGAGAGGAUGGGAGGUGUUCGUCCUUACGACGAUUUUGGCCCCAGCGGUCGAGGAGGAUUUGGCGAGUCACGCGGAUCUCAGCGGUCAGAAAUGCCCCCCAGGGUGAUGGACAAGCCCGUCUCGCCAGUUUGCGGCAUCAGCCAAACGGGCAGCAGUAUAUGCCUGGAGGCAGCCCGAUUCCAGGUCAAGGACGCCUGUCGCCACACCAGGGGGCGAGCCCCCUAUGUCACCCACCUCCCCUUACGGACCAGGUGGCUCCGGGGAGUGCCUGGGAGCAGAAUCUCUGAAGCUCCCGCCUUCUCCCUUUCCAACCGCGAGAGCCGCGGCGACGUGCCCGAUGACCCGCAGGGCAACAAGCCGGUGGCUAAAGUGCCCCCGCACCUCAAGGGGGUCAAGGUCUUGCCCUCCAACUUCCUUGACGUCAAGCUUAAACCGAAGCCCAAGCAAUCAGAGGAGACAGAAGGUGGGGGCUACGAUAACCAAAAGAACAUCAUGGUGCAGUACAAGCAGCUGCAGGAAAUGGAGGCCCAGGGUAAUAAGGGCUUUGGCGAUCCGGAAGUCGAGAAGCGCAGCUACAACAACAACUGGAACGACGACCUCAAGUCUGGGGGUGGUGACGUCAUGUAUCGCCGACACCCGGGCGACCCGGCGACCGCCGCUACAUUGAAGAGUACUCGGCUGGUGGGGGAGACCAAGUACGGGAGGAGAGGGUACGACCCGCGUUACGAUGAGGGCAGCGGAGGCCAGGCAGGGGGCAAGUAUCGCCAUAGUUCUCCAACCUACGGCGAUCGCUUCGGCCCCAGCGACAACAGCGCCCCCGCGCAGGCCCCUGGCGCUCCUCCCGGAAACUGGCGCGCCACUUCCGCCUACGAGAUGGGACAAGGCGGCUUCCAGCGUGGAGGACCCCAGCACGGACAGGGUGGUGGUCAGCUCCCAUACGACAUGGGACAGAACUACGACCGCGGGUAUCAACAGCAACAGCAGCAACAACAGGGGUACGGGCGGGGAAUGGUUGCCCCGGGCAACGCACCCAAUGAAGAGGGACUGCAGGGGCGGAAGAAAGACGCGGAGAUUGCCAACAUGUUUCGAAUUUCAGGUUGCAGGGGAGAGAAGACCCUUAUACAACGGACAGAAGCAACAUUGAGCAGGGUCUGGGUUACCUCCCCUGAGUGUCUGCUAGGAACUAUUUCUGUAGAAACUGUUUAUGUUUGUGGUUGGUCCCCAUCCUUCCCAUGCGUGAAGUCGGUGUAGUUGAUACUCAGAAGACAUAGCUACCAGACUAUUUUCAUUUAUAUCUAUUAUAUAUAUGUUAUUUCAAGCGAUAAACAAGUAAACAAGAAGUUUGUCAAUUUCGUCAGAUGGUGAGAUUGCUGUAUAAAAUGGAGAUGCUGUAUUUUUGUACAUAAUGUAUUUUAAUUGCAAAAUAUUUUAAUUGUGUAACAUCAGAGAACCUUAGGAUUGCCGCUUGUUUGGUUUUUGUUUGUUUGGCUUUUUUUUUUUUUUUGCUUAUAUUUUGCACCUGUAAAAAUAACUUUGAAUGGCUGUAACAGGUUUGCUACAAAAUAUAUGUACGUAAAUAUUUGUUGGUAAUUUCGUUAACAGAAGCAAUGCGCCGAUGUUGUAACUUGCAGCAGGCUUUGGGAAGUAAGUCUGGGAUUUAUUUUCUUUUUUUGUUCGUGAAAUAUUAAUCAAAUAUAAUCCCGAUUAAGAAUUUAAUUUCUUAUAAAGAAAAAAAAAAAACGGCAGAAGAUCAAAGAGAGCUUUUUAACAUUAAUAUACAAAGUCAGUUAUGAGUUUCUGAGUUGAGUAACCACGAAUUAACGACGAAAUUUCUUACCUGGAUUGCAUUAUGUUUUGUAGAUGUUACAGUGUAUGUUAAUAUCUGUGUACAUGUGUAUAGUGUGUUGUAAUAUGUCUGUAGGUGUUUGUAGAUAAGUGUAUUUGUUUGUGUGUGUGAAAAUGAGCGAGUCGGAUCGAGAGACACUGAAUCUCUGCAAUUUAUAUUUUCUACUUACCCAUGUCAGUAAGGUAGAAGGAUUUGUAAGUAAACAAACAAAUGUUUUCACAGAAUUGCCUGUAAGGGACGUGCUGUGUGGCAAGACCAUACCCUGCUUUAUCUCACAAGGGUUUGACAUAGCAACAUAUUUCUGACUCCAUUCUAUUGCCUAUAUCUACUUCUAACAGACGUAAACUACAUAAGUAUGCAAAUGAUGCCGCUCUUCUCUUUUCUCCUGUUUUAUUUCAAUCACAAAACUAAUGCAACGUGCGGGUGAACGAGAGAUGAACAGUGUGUUUGUGUGUGUGUUCAAAGGCCGUGGAGAAGAGAUAUGGGAAACAAACGCUGCCCUGCAUCACUCUGGCCCGUCAGCGUGUAAAUUAUUGUUGAUUCUUUGUUUACCAGCCGGUCGUUUUUGACUUGUGGGCGAUCCUGUGAUAAGAGAAUUUCGGCCUUAUAUUUACUGCUGUUGCCCUGUCAACAAACACACGCCUCUUGGCACUUUCUUUCUGGCCUUGUCCAUGUUUUACUGAAAUUGUUUCUUGGUAAAAAUAUGUUGUCAGACAUCCGACAUUUCUCUCGCCCUUUUAAACUAAUGAAAGUAAAGUUGAUGGAGUAAGUAGAUUACUUAUAUUGCAGCAGCUUGACCUUUUUUCAUGUUUGGGUUAGGGUUUGGAGAACAGACUUUUGAAAGUGGAGAUGUAGGCAAUGAAGUCUGAUUGGCUGGACCUUUGUAGCAUGUCUGCGUCCCUCAACAUGCUGUACGCACACUUCUAUAAUGCUACUGGCCAUACAAGGAGUUCUUUUGCAUGCAAUGUUUGUGUGUGAUGAACAAGACUGACAAACAUUUACUCAGAUUAUUUUCUAGAUAUUUUUUGCUUGUUGCUAAUGACUCAUUGUCCUUCAAAUCUGUUUUUGUACCAUGUUGAGACUUCUGCUGCUUACUUUGUGUAGAAUUGUAGGUAAACUGGUCACGUGACGGCUGAGUGAGGUGAUGGCGGGGACCAGCCCUGACAUGUUGUGUACAUACAUUUUCAUGUUUUACCUACGUAUACACAGUUGUAGCCCCUGCACCGCUGGCUGAACGUUGACUUGUAUAUGGGUGUGUCUGUGUUCUAAUGUGGGUGUGUAUAUGAUGUGUAUAUCCAGGGCUUAGUAUUACAGCAUGCGGUGUAGUGUGAAUAAUGCAGUGUAGUGUGUAUAGUGUGCGGGUUAGUGUGAAUAAUGCAGUAUAGUGUGACUAGCGCACUGUAGUGUGCGUAGUGUACAUCAGGAUAGUGAAAUAAGCGUAUUUCGACUAGGGACGUUUUAAUUUUUUUUUAUAGAAAAAUGUAUUCAUAAAUAAAAAAUAAAAAAACAGAAUAUUUUAAUGUACAGACCAACUUUAUUUAGAAGAAUGGAGGGAGCGUUUGACAAAAAUAUUCUUAGUCAAAGAGACUUUAUACCCAAUGUCCCCUGAUGGACAGGUGAAGACAUGCAGAUGACCAGCAGAAUUGUACAUAUUUAAAUAUAACCAGUGUUACAGAUAAUUUCCUUUGCUGACAAAAUUGUCGUGGAAAAUGCUUAUCAUGUUUUAACCAUCCACAAUUAUUAGAACUUUGUUUCCUUUUAAAAAUACACUUUGCCUUCAACACUGGUUUUAUUACUUUGAUGCGACACAGAAGAUGGUCGAGUCCGUGCGUUGGCAUGUGUGAGCGCGGUUCACUGCAUGCUUGCACGCGUAAAUGAGUAGGUUUGAGUGAGCAGAAAAUGAUAAGUUGAUGUAUUAUAAAUAAUACUUUAACCUUCUACCAGCUAAACGCAUGUUUGUUGAAGUAAUAUUAACACCCGUUGAGCGUUGAAAGUUCCGAUCCUUAAAGAAACGAUUCUAGAUCUUAUAUUUCACUGAUGUCAUACAGAAAUGAAGAAGUUUACUGUUUUCUGCGUUUCUUGUGAGCCUGGAACCCUAUUUCCUUGGAGACAUACUUGACCCAAUUUUUUUAAAAUAUAAAACUCCAGUUCUGGAAUUCUCUGCUUUUCUUGGAUUUUUAUUCUGUGCAAAGCCAGCUGGUUAGCGUCUGGAAUGUUUGACAUUUUGUGACGUUUUGAGGGACGUUGACAUCUGGAAUGUUUGACAUUUUGUGACGUUUUAGCGUAGGCCGACGUCUGGAAUGUUUGACAUUUUGUGACGUUUUAGCGUAGGUUGACGUCUGGAAUGUUUGACGUUUUGUGACGUUUUAGCGGAGGUUAAUAUCUCGAUGCCCAGACAGGCGUUACAUAAAGGUUCUAUGGUUGAUAUGAUAUGAUAUUAUAUUAAAGCUUGCAGAUAGAAGAAAUUCUGUAUUCGUUUGUAGACUUGAAAGUCUGUCGUCAUCAUUAACUGCACUAAUAUUAAUGAAUUAAAGUUAGUUCAAUCUGUCUGCUGCAAUUGUCAACUUUGCACACAGUGAUUUCAUCAGCUUUAGGGAAAAUGAUAUUUUGAGUUCCGCAGACAUAUUGUCAAGAAUGUGUGUCAAGAUGUCUUAGUUGAGAUAACUCACAUAAUUAUAGGAUUAUUUGAUGAAAUGGACUACUCAUAGUUUAUAUAUAAAAAAAAACCAACUGAUUUUGCUUGACUGUCCUAUUUGUGUUUCUGUCAUCAACGAAGAUCUAAUUUUGUUUAUGUGCAUGAAACUGUGACAACGUUUGUUGACAGGAAUGCAGUAAACAUUGUGUAACAUGCAGUAAACAUGGUGUUUUGUACAUUCGUACCUUCACACGCUUACAAAGACUAAUAGCAACUUGCAUGUCUCCCUCACACAGUUAAUUAAAAAACUACUCUUUCUUGAUGUCAGCAUCUUCACGGAUAUAAGGCUAGCCAUCAUGCUGGCAUCACAUCAGAUGAGUUUAUCUUUCGUCUUAUCUUGUGUCUACUGAAGGCUCCGCUCCUGUACUGGAGAUGUGUAUCUCUGGACGCAGAAAUAUUUCUAACGGAAAUUUAAUAAAGCUCACUGUUAAUGAACA